AUGUCAACUAAAGCUCCUCCUCCCAUACCUCCACGACCUUCUCGCUCUCCGAACAACGCCAACGCAAACCCUCCGAAGAUACCCCCGCGCCCUACGAGUCGUCCAGAUAGAAACUCACCUCCAAAGUUAGACAGUUUUGCUCCAUCUCCACUGAAUGCGCCGCCUUCCUCUAGUUUAUUAGGUGCAGAUUCACCAAUUGAUCCUUCCAUCAGGCCUGAUAGCGCUACUCUUCCUCCAACCGCUCCAAAGCUUGUUGAGCUUAGGAACCCCGUUACACAGGGAGAAAAGGUAGCCGGAUACGGGGUGGAACAGCCCGCAGAGACAAGGAAUGUUCAUCAGGACCUUCAUCUACAUGCCCCUCGGCCAUCAUUGCCGACUUCAAGUGCAACAGCACAGGUUCAGGCCGUGACCCGGACAGACGCUUCACAUGGACAUGAAACGGGAUCGGAGGAAGAUGUCAGUAACCAGUCACUAUAUUCUAAAUCAGGCAUUCCUCAUAUCCAGCUGGAAUCGUCAAAUGCGUCAGCCAGUCAGAAGUCUUAUCCCAUUGAUGAAGGGACCGCUGCGUUGGAGAUGGGACAAAGGGUGCCUAUGUACCCUAACGCGGGAUAUGUACAAGCACCAUCCCCGUCGCCUGGGUCAUCCAGCCCCCACGAGCAUCGAGAUAGUCACAACCGGACUAAAAGUAGACAAGAACCCCCAGGCAGCUAUGGUCUCCAUGGGCACGGAGUAACUCCUGAUGACCCAUUCGAAAAAUCCUGGUACCAAAAACAUCCAAAAGAGCUGGCUCUGGAGGAACAGGCGUUUCAUGCAUCAGGUGUUGGGAGUCCACGUCCCGACUGGGCAAUGAGCAGUGAGGAUCUGAACAAGAUUGUCAAAUCAUCCCGAGUUACAGGUGCAUCCGAUAAUAUGAUGGGUACUCCCGACGAAGAGCUAGGGAAUAUUAUGACCGAACAACUUGCCUCUCGUCUCCAAUCACCACCAGCAGAAUCUUCACUGCAACAUGAAGUGCUCCGUGAAGAUUCAACUUCUCACCCUAUGCCAGAAAAACAGAAAGUUUUAGAGAGCCUGGAUGACACUCAUAAUAAGAAGCCGGAAUCCCACGAAGUAAAGAUUCAUGUUGAUGAACCUUUACAUCAUCAGCAUCAUCCAGAUGGCUUCGCAUUGGCACCGGAACCUGAGGCUAAACUCAAGGAACAUCUACCGGAUGAGGAAGAUUUCCCUGUACUUGCUUCGGAUGAAAUUGACCCAAGCUCUGCGGCAUUGCAACCUGCUGUAUCCCCUUCCUUUGAGAACAAACACCAUGACCACAUACAAGAUACUGAAUCUGCCCAGCAAAGAGAACUACCACGCCCUACAGGUUCUGGGAACAAAGGUUCUGAAAGUAACCCUAGGGAUCAGGGUGAAAGUGCAUCUAUGCCUGUCAAGCAUACUAAAGAAUACGAACCCCUAUUCCAUGACGAUGACAGCGAAAGACGUCUAUCUCCAGACCAGCGCUUCAAGUCACCAGUCAACCACACGCAAAGGUUUCCUAGUAAGGAUAUCUGGGAAGAUGCUCCCAGUAGUGCCCAGCUACAUGCAACUGUGUCAACUCCAGAUAUACCCAAACGGCCUAAGAAGGAUGGAUCAGAGCGUGAGGCUCUAUUUGAGACACCUGAGCAGGAACAGGAAAGGGUGCGAGAAGCAGAUAAGAUGCUGGAAAAAUCUGGCUUGGAGGAGCCUCCUGCUCAUCUAGAGGAAUCUCGACCGGAAGAGGAGGGUUCAAAACAGCGUUUUCCUAGCAAAGAUGUCUGGGAAGAAGCCCCCGAAAGUCAGCAGCUCACUGCUGCCGUGGAAGCACCAGCAGAUUCCGAGAAAUCAGAAAAGCCAGAAAAGCCAUCAUUGCCUUCACUACCACCCAGACCUUCAAGGCAACCUGAUAGAUCUUCCACAGAGGAACAGAGGGAUAUAUCACCAACGAAGACUCAGGCCACCAGUCCAACUGAACUAAAGAAGCGGCCAUCAGUCCCUGAUAGGCCAAAGCCACAGGUUCCCCAGAGACCUACACGGAAGAAGGGCCAAGAAUCAGGUGAACCGUUGUCAAAAACCAUAUCUGGAGAAAACCCAGACAAUGCAGCCCCCCCUGCCCCAAAAUCCAAGCCAGCACUGCCUCCACGGGCAGUUGGCUCGAAGAUUGCAGCCUUGAAAGCAGGGUUCCUUUCUGAUCUAGAUAGCCGUCUCAAACUCGGUCCAUCAGCGCCCAAACCGAAGGAAACGGAGAAAGAGGAAGAGAGGCCAACAGAAAAAGGCCCACUCAGUGACGCCCGCAAGGGAAGGGCUAGAGGGCCACCAAGAAGAAAACCUGCCGCCAAGUCUACUCCGGCAGUAGCAGAGGCUGAGAAGCCACAAACUUCAGAAAUCAAGCUUACGUAUCCAUGGAAUGUUUGGUCAAUCGGUCCUGACGGGGAAGUGAACGUCCCGAGCAGUCAGCAGGGUAAAUCUCCUUCUGAGCCCAAUGAUAUCCAGUCAGAAUCUCCCUUUGCACCUCCCCCCACGAAAGCAACUGUAUCACCUCCCGAAGACCCGGAGAGCCAAGCACCCCCGCCAUCCAGAAUUGACAAGGCUGUGAAAUCCGCGGUUUUCUCUCGGGCUGCGGAAGCUGAAGGCGAUCACGCUCCUUCUGAAGUGGCACGCUCACCACCACAGCCAGCCAUGGAAGAACCCAUUUCUUCCAAUCAGUUAUCUAGUGAACACUUGGAGAAGCCUGAAGCUCCAGCUGAGACAGAAACUGAUACAAGGGGAUCUGGUGAGAGUAAUGCCAAGUCAGAACCUUAUUCUGGAUUGAAGGCAUCUGGAGAAGCUCCAAAUGCCGCUGGUAUAAUGGAUAAACCAAAGAGAAGCAGCUUUGAGGAGGCUUGUGUGCCAGCAGUUGAAGCCGAAGUCAAGCGAACAUCAAUGGCUGAGUCCAAAGGCGAGACUGAAGAUGCGAAGCCCAUCGAGAAACAAUAA